AUGGUUUUAGUAAUUGCUCAAUUAUUUGACACCUUUAUCUUGAUCAUAAGAAUACUCGGGUUGGAAUACCAAAUUACUAAAACGUGGAAUAGCAUUCAAGUAACGCACACACCUAUAUCUCUCAAAUUCAAACCCGCUAUUCAAGGCUUAGUGAUGGAAGUGCACGCUCCUUUCUUUAAUGAUCCUCCAGCACCACCAGGGACACCAGGACAAGCUUUUAACGAACUCUGGGAGUAUGAAGUUGUUGAAUCAUUUUUUUUGAACAGUCUGACCAAACUGUACCUUGAAGUGGAGCUUUGCCCGCAUGGGCAGCAUUUAGUGCUUCUGCUUUCUGAUGGGGAUGCAUUUAUAAAAGAACUGGAUUUACAGUUUGAAGCCAACAUAAAUGGGGACCAGUGGAUUGGGACUGCACUUAUUCCUUGGGAAUAUUUUCCACCUGGUGUUGACAAGAUGAAUUCAUAUGCAAUUCAUGGAUCUGGGACUGAAAGAAUUUAUGAAGCCCUUUAUUCAAUACCUUUAGAAGAGAUUGAGAUCGGGCAAGGGCCAGAUUUGUGA